GACAAGAAAGUGCUGUGCUGCAUUCGUCUCCGGGUUCUCACAACACUUGCAAUUGAGCAGGGUGUUGUCUCGGUGGUGUCGGUCAACCGGAUCUUCAUCUCCAACUUGUUUGGCUUGCGUCUUUUUUAUCCUUUGUGUGAACGAGCAUGCUUGGUCACUAACCUGGCACCUGGACCUUCCGCUAUCCUCAAGAUAGCAUUUGCGGCAUUAGCCUGACCUCCGAUUACGAUUCAUUGACCAUUCGGCCUUUCUUAAUCAAUAUGCUACAGCCUCGCGUGGCCUUGACGGGCUUGCGCCUGCCCUUCAGAUUCCUAUCCUCCACAAUCUCAUCCCGGGCAUACUCCACCGUCCGCGAAACCGAAACCCCCUCCUCUGAAGAUUCUACAGCUUUCGACCCCAGCAUCUCCUUUGCUCCUCCGCCCACUCGCGAUGAUUCCGGUGUCAAACUGCGCUCGUAUACACCCCGCACACCCGGUAUCAGACAUUUGCGAAGGCCGGUCAAUGAUCACCUCUGGAAAGGACGCCCCGUGCAUAAGUUGACUUUCCCCAAACGCGGUCAAGCCAAAGGUGGUCGUAACAACACCGGUCAAGUCACAGUCAGACAUCGUGGUGGUGGUCAUAAGCGCCGUAUCCGCGUGAUCGACUUCGCUCGCGCCGACCCAGGUCCUCAUGAGGUGGAGCGCAUCGAACACGACCCGGGCCGGACGGCUCACAUUGCUCUCCUCCGUAGUAAGGAGACCCAGAAGCUCAGUUACAUUAUUGCUGCCGAUGGAAUGAGAGCUGGCGAUGUGGUUCAGAGCUACAUGGCCGGAAUCCCGGAGGACCUGUGGAAGAGCAUGGGAGGCGUUGUGGAUCCUGGUGUGUUGGCCGCUAGAACCGCGUGGAGAGGAAACUGUCUGCCCUUGCACAUGAUUCCCAUCGGUACAUUGAUCUUCAAUGUCGGCCUGCGUCCCGGCCAGGGCGGCCAGCUGUGUCGUAGCGCUGGUACCUUUGCCACGGUGAUCGCCAAGGGCAGUGACGAACAGGCCCGGUAUGAGGAAAACCUGAGGAAAGAGGAGGCUGAAACAGGCAAGACGAAGCGCCGCCAGAGUCAACGCGAGCAACAGAAGCGCGAGCGGAUCGCUACCCAUAUCACUAUUCGACUACAGAGUGGGGAGGUUCGACUGAUCCACAAGGAUUGCUGUGCUACUGUCGGUGUUGCCAGCAACCCCAAUUACCAGUACGCCCAGCUCGGAAAGGCCGGUCGAUCUCGCUGGUUGAACAUUCGACCUACUGUCCGUGGUCUUGCCAUGAACGCUGCCGAGCACCCUCACGGUGGUGGACGUGGUAAGUCCAAGGGUAACGUGGAUCCUAAGAGUCCUUGGGGUUUGCCGGCGAAAUCCGGCUACAAGACUCGUCCCAAGUGGAAGGUCAACAAGGCCGUUGUUGUUCCCCGAGUUCGCAACCAGGGCAAGCGCCGCCGUGGCUACAGCUAGACGUCUUCUUAUGUACAUUUGGUCCCUUUUUCUCGCUUUAUUCACACGCACCAAUCAUUACGUUCGAAGUGUGACUAUAUUCCCUACUCGGUGGGAAAGGUGCCGGGGUGGGUACAGUCACGCCGCUCUGAAUCACUUGCCCAAGACUGCUUCUGAAUGCAUUCGAUUGUAUGUACUUUAUUUCGUCCCCGACACGACUUUUCCCCGAGGGUCUCAGAUAUCUACUCUUGUUACACUGUUUCUCGUCCGGGGUCUCAUGGAAAUGUCCACCUUCAUAUACUCUGGCGUUGUCUCCUGUAUACUACUACAUCGUUGAGAAUUCGAUUAUUUGAC